AUGUCGUCGCUACGCGAUGGCCUUGCCGCCUGCAAUUUGGCUCUUCAAUGUGUGCAUGGCGCAGCUUUGAUAAAUCAGGACAACAAGAGAUCAGUAUCUUCACAGCAGCAGAAAGUCACGGAGGCCAUAGAAGAAGUGGGCAACAAAAGAUUCGAAAAUGCGAACGGAAUGAGCCCAGCGAUAUACCAUUCUCAGGCGGUCCUCAAUUUAUUGAAGGACACUCGUGAGCCAGGUGCUGCGGCAGCAUCUGGCGACAUGCAUGAGCCCCAGCAAAUUUGA